AAGGCACAUUGGCAGGAUGCGGAGGUGGAUGUCCUGCUUCACCACCUGAUUGAGAAUCGGGCAUCAGGUGGUGAUGGCGGAAAUUUCUCAAUGCCUACCUACAACAGUGCAGCAGCUGCUAUCAACACCGAUGGUACGAUUCAGACAAUAGGCCCACCGAAGACGGGCAAGAUGGUCAAGACGAAGUGGACCUCGCUCAAAAAAACAUUCAAUCAAAUCGAGGUUUACCGCAACGUGUCUGGCUUCCAUUGGGACAAUGUGCGGGGAGCUGGAAUU